UCUUGUGAUGUCCAAGAAACGUCUAAAGUGAGAAUGAUUGGUAGUGAUCAAUGGACGAAGUGUAGUUCCAUGUCAGCAUCAGAGAAAGACCAGGAUUAAAAAAAAAAAAGAACAAAGAAAAGUGUGACCCGUUUCUUAUCAUGACCUUAAAGUCAUCAUUUUCCAGCACCUUCGCACACUUGCUACCAUAGAUCGUCAAUGGAAGGAGACAAAGGUACAGUGUGUGUCACAGGUGCUACUGGCUAUGUGGGAUCAUGGUUGAUCAUGAGGCUUCUUGAACAUGGUUACUCUGUUCACACCACCAUUAGACCUGACCCAGAGAAGAAGAGAGAUGUCAGCUUCCUAACAGGUCUACCAGGAGCGUCAGAGAAGCUUCAAAUCUUCCAUGCAGAUCUGAGUAAUCCUGAAAGUUUUGAAGUUGCUAUUAGAGGAUGUGUUGGUGUGUUUCAUGUGGCCACCCCUACCCCUACUCAUUUUGAAACUAAUGAACCUGAGGAAGUAGUAAUCAAGAAAGCAAUCGAUGGAACACUAGCAAUCUUGAAUGUUUGUUUGAAUUCAAAGACAGUCAAGCGCGUGGUCUACACUUCUAGCACAGCAGCAGUUGAUCUUAACGAUGAGAGUAAGACUGUGAGCGUAAUGGAUGAAAGCUUUUGGAGUGAUGUCAAUUUCAUAAAAGACUUGAACUCUUUUGCAAGUCCUUAUUGGAUUUCAAAGGCGUUGACAGAGAAAAAAGCUCUCGAAUUUGCAGUGGAAAAUGGAUUGGAGCUUGUGACAAUAAUUCCUUCUUUUGUUGUUGGUCCCUUUAUUUGUCCAAAUCUGCCCGCCUCGGUGGAAGCAGCAUUGGCUAUGGUUUUAGACAAGCCAGAUUUAUAUAAUCUGCUUCUCAAUACAUCUAUGGUGCACGUUGAUGAUCUGGCAAGAGCACAUAUCUUCCUUCUUGAAUAUCCUAAUGCAGAAGGAAGGUAUAUUUGUUCUUCUGAUACUUUAACUAUUGAAGAGAUGUCCAAGUUUCUUUCAGCGAAGUUCCCAGAGUUCAAAAUACCAACAACAGAAUCACUGAAGGGUUUUGAAGGAUUCAAAGGCCCUGUUCUGUCGUCUACGAAGCUGACAGAUUCUGGUUUCAAAUUUAAUUAUGGGCUUGAUGAAAUGUUUGAUGGAGCAAUUCAAUGCUGCAAGCAGAAGGGCUAUCUCUAGUUGUAUUACAUCAAGAAUUAUCUUUGAAUUUAUAGAUUAUGGUUUUAAAUUAAGAAACUGUAUGAGGAUUGAGGGACAAUAACCAUUAGCAAUGAAGCUUUCUUCCUCAAUUACCCAA